AUGUUGGCCAAAUUGACCUUCUUGGUCAUGCUAGCCGGUGCCACUUCUGCUAGCCAAAAUAUAACAUCCCAAUGUCGAUGUAUGCCCAACGACUCUUGCUGGCCGUCCAUGAGCGAAUGGUCCCAAUUCAAUGCUACCGUUAGCGGGAGACUGAUCAAAACAGUCCCUUUAGCUGCACCUUGCCAUUAUCCCACUUACAAUAGCACUGAAUGUCAAUAUCUUCAGGACCAGUGGACACAACCCGCUUUGCAUGAUGCGUCCUCAUCUUCUAUUAUGGCUGCCUCCGUGGCAAACGAGAGUUGCGAUCCAUUCACUGCUACAUCGAGUCUGUGUAAACUUGGAAAUAUGGUGUCGUAUGCUGUCAAUGUUUCUUCUCCAGCAGAAAUCGCUCAAACGAUGGCCUAUGCAGCCGACAAGAACCUUCGCCUGGUUAUCCGCAAUACCGGACACGAUUAUUUGGGAAAGUCGACUGGCGCAGGAGGUCUCUCUAUCUGGACCCAUCAUAUGAAAGAAAUCACGGUGAAACUUAACUACUCUUCUUCACAUUACACCGGCCCGGCCGUCACCAUCGGAGCUGGCGUCCUGGGCGAAGAGGUCUAUGCCGCGCUGCACAAGCAUAGUCUGGUGAUGGUCGGCGGUGAAUGUGCCACCGUCGGUCCGGCUGGCGGAUACACGCAGGGUGGUGGUCACUCUGCCCUCAGUUCGCGAUAUGGUCUCGCCGCCGAUCAAACUUUAGAAUGGGAGGUAGUCGAUGGCCAAGGCCGACUUUUGCGUACCUCCCCCACCGAGAACUCUGACCUCUACUGGGCGCUCAGCGGUGGCGGCGGUGGAACCUAUGGCGUCGUCACAUCCAUGACUGCUAAGGUGUACCCUGACUUUCCCGUAGCGGGCGUGGUGCUCGAAUUCUACUCUGACCCCGAUAAUCUCGAUCCAUUCUACGAUGCGGUGGAAUACUAUCAUUCCAUUGUUCCAGACUUCACAGCUGAAGGUGGCAUGGCUAUUGCUCGCGUCGAGAACACGUCUUUCCUGUUGACGCCGCUGACUCUCCCCAAUACCACUGUCGCCAGAGCACUGGAGUUGAUCACUCCGUUCACCGAUAAGCUGAAUCAGCUUAAUAUCAGUUAUGCGAUGAACCUCACCCAUAACCCAUCGUAUUUGGACCAUUACAAUGCCCUGGUCGAACCCAAUCCCACCCAAUUGGUAGAAAAUGGUCAAUACGGCGGUAAAUUGAUUCCUAUGUCGGUGAUCGAGAAGUCAAAUUCUGCCCUCACUGCUGCGCUGAGGAAUGUCACUCAGGACGGAGUGGUAUUCACCAGUAUUGCACUGAAUGUUUCUUCAGCCGUGACAGGGGCAACCAAUAACGCAGUCCUGCCAUCAUGGAGAACAGCAGCGAUGGAUGUCAUUCUGGCAACAUCUUGGCCAGAAAAAGCAAAUCUCGGAAAAAUGAAACAAUUGGCUGAUGAUAUGACCGACAAGUGGAUGCCAAUGUUGAAGUCUCUGAACAGUGACCCUGGCUGUUAUAUGAAUGAGGCGGAUCCGCAAACUGGAAAUUGGAAAGAAGCUUUCUACGGGUCUAACUAUGAUCGUCUUCUUGAGAUCAAGAAUAAACAUGAUCCCCAUGGUUAUUUCUAUGCGCAUACGGCUGUCGGUAGCGAUAAGUGGGUUCAGGAGACGGAUGGCCGGUUAUGUCGGGCUACUUCAUCUUGA